GAAUGAAUAGUAAAACUAUAAAAUCUAAAUGUAGUUCAUUGUAAAUAAAUGGAGCCUUUUAUAUAUGUCAACUCAUUCUUGCUUUUGAUUUUGGUCACAUGUAAUACCGUAAAAAGUGACGGAGGAUUAGUCAAUGAUGUGCACAUUGAAUGUAAUAGCAAUGACAUAUUGGUUACCCUGAGUGCCCCCAACUCUUUCAAUGGUAUGAUAUAUCCAAAAGGAUUAUCCAAAAACUCGAGUUGUAUGACUGAGUAUAAGUCCACUUCAAACAUCACAUAUAAACUACCGCUUCGAUCAUGUAAUACAAUGUCUACCGAUGUGGACGAUGGCGUUGAGUACUUUAAUACUGUUGUAGUUCAACCGCAUCGACGACUCGUCACAAAUCAGGGAAGAGGUUAUCACAUCCGAUGCAGAUAUCAAACCAGAGAAAAGAGAAUUUCCAAUGGAUUUAAUGUGAGUAUGAUAGGUACGACACCCGUUAUGGCAACAGCACCGAUGCCCUCGUGUUCAAUGAAAAUAUUUGUUUCCGACUCUAACAACGAGAUUGUGGCCGAAAAUGUAAAAAUUGGUGAUAAGUUGACUCUUGCCAUUUCCAUUGACUUCCAGGAUAUUUAUGGUAUGAAAGUAACCAAUUGUUUGGUUCGCGAUGGACUUAAUUGGGGAGAACAACCUCUUAUUAACGAUGAGGGUUGUCCGGUGGAUGAGGAGAUUAUGGCCGCCUUUGAGUACACUCAGAACCUGACUCAGGCAGCCGUUGAAUUUCAUGCCCAUAAGUUUCCCUAUACAUCCUCUGUCUACUACCAGUGCAAUGUCAGACUUUGUCUUAAAGAAGCCGGUGGUUGUGAUGAUGUCCCGUCAGAUUGUGACAAAAAUGGUCGCAAUUUUAGGCGUCGUGAGAGACGAGAUACCAGUGAUUAUAUAGAAGAUGGAUCACUGGCUGAUGUACGUCGAGAUGAUGUUAGAGAUCUUAGUAUUGAAGUCUAUUCAGGACUUUAUGUUAAUGAAAAUGAAAACGAAGAAAAUGAACUAGACGAAUCAGAGGCCCAAAAGUCAAUAAUAGACGAAGAGUUUUGUAUAUCAAUGAGAAAGUUUGCAAUAGGAGUGGCAAUCGCUAGUUUACUAUUGAUGUUAGCCGUCAUUCUUCUGGUCGCUUGUAUUCUUCAACGAAGAAGACGAAGAAAGGGCGCCUCCACUGCCGGAUCGUCUAUCUAUUCCGGGCCCUACUCUAACAGAGCCUAUAGUAGAGAUUAGUUGAUAUUUUAUAAUAUCA